UGGGAAGGCAGUAGGAAGUUUCUGCUGGGGUCUGGAUUGGAGCUGCGGAGUGAGAUCGGCCCUGAAUGACCCGACCCUAAGACAAAGAGCCCCAAAGAGUCUACAUGUCUAAUAUUUAGACAUGUUCAGCUUUGUGGAUUCUCGGUUACUGCUGUUGAUAGCAGCGACUGUACUACUCACCCGCGGGCAAGGAGAAGAGGACAUCCAGACCGGGAGCUGCGUCCAGGACGGGCUGACGUACAACGAUAAGGAUGUGUGGAAACCCGAACCGUGCCAGAUCUGCGUCUGCGACAGCGGCAACAUCCUCUGCGACGAGGUGAUCUGCGAGGACACCUCGGACUGCCCCAACGCCGAAAUCCCCUUCGGAGAAUGCUGCCCCAUCUGCCCCGAUGUCGACGCCUCCCCCGUCUAUCCAGAGAGUGCUGGAGUAGAGGGUCCUAAAGGAGACACCGGCCCCAGAGGAGACAGGGGACUCCCCGGCCCCCCUGGCAGAGAUGGCAUCCCUGGACAGCCUGGCCUCCCGGGACCCCCAGGCCCUCCAGGACCUCCAGGCCUCGGCGGAAACUUCGCUCCUCAAAUGUCUUACGGAUAUGAUGAGAAAUCGGGUGGCAUGGCGGUGCCCGGCCCCAUGGGCCCUGCUGGACCCCGUGGUCUCCCUGGCCCUCCUGGUGCUCCUGGCCCUCAAGGUUUCCAAGGUCCCCCUGGUGAACCCGGCGAGCCCGGUGCCUCUGGACCCAUGGGCCCCCGCGGCCCCGCUGGCCCCCCUGGCAAGAACGGCGAUGAUGGUGAAGCUGGCAAACCUGGCCGUCCCGGUGAGCGUGGACCCCCUGGCCCCCAGGGUGCACGCGGUCUCCCUGGAACUGCUGGUCUGCCGGGCAUGAAGGGACACAGAGGCUUCAGUGGUUUGGAUGGUGCCAAGGGUGAGCCUGGCCCCGCUGGUCCCAAGGGUGAGCCUGGCAGCCCUGGAGAGAACGGCGCUCCUGGACAGAUGGGUCCUCGUGGUCUUCCCGGCGAGAGAGGCCGCCCCGGUCCAUCCGGUCCCGCCGGCGCUCGCGGUAACGACGGUGCUCCCGGUGCUGCCGGUCCUCCUGGCCCAACCGGUCCCGCGGGUCCCCCCGGCUUCCCCGGCGCUGCUGGCGCUAAGGGCGAAACAGGUCCCCAAGGUGCUCGCGGUAGCGAAGGUCCCCAAGGUGCCCGUGGCGAACCCGGUCCCCCCGGCCCAGCUGGCGCUGCCGGUCCCGCCGGUAACCCCGGUGCCGACGGUCAACCCGGUGCCAAAGGUGCUACGGGCGCUCCUGGCAUCGCCGGUGCCCCCGGCUUCCCCGGUGCUCGCGGUCCCUCCGGACCCCAAGGUCCCAGCGGUGCCCCCGGACCCAAAGGGAACGCAGGUGAACCCGGCGCUCCAGGCAACAAAGGUGACACCGGAGCCAAAGGCGAACCCGGUCCCGCUGGUGUUCAAGGCCCCCCCGGCCCCGCCGGUGAGGAAGGCAAGAGAGGAGCUCGUGGAGAGCCCGGCCCUGCUGGGCUGCCCGGUCCUGCAGGAGAACGGGGCGCUCCCGGCAGCCGCGGUUUCCCCGGUGCUGACGGCAUCGCCGGUCCCAAGGGCCCCCCCGGAGAGCGCGGUUCCCCCGGUGCCGUCGGCCCCAAAGGAUCUCCCGGUGAAGCCGGACGUCCCGGAGAACCCGGUCUCCCCGGUGCCAAGGGUCUGACUGGAAGCCCCGGCAGCCCCGGUCCCGACGGCAAAACCGGACCCCCGGGUCCCGCUGGUCAGGAUGGUCGCCCCGGCCCCCCCGGCCCCCCCGGAGCCAGAGGUCAAGCUGGUGUGAUGGGUUUCCCUGGUCCCAAAGGUGCUGCGGGUGAGCCUGGCAAACCCGGUGAGAGAGGAGCUCCCGGCCCCCCUGGUGCUGUUGGUGCUGCUGGUAAGGAUGGUGAAGCCGGUGCCCAGGGUCCCCCCGGCCCUACUGGUCCUGCUGGAGAGAGAGGUGAACAAGGUCCCGCCGGAGCCCCCGGCUUCCAGGGUCUGCCUGGCCCCGCUGGCCCCCCCGGAGAGGCUGGCAAGCCCGGUGAGCAGGGUGUUCCCGGAGAUGCUGGUGCCCCCGGUCCCGCCGGUGCCAGGGGUGAGAGAGGUUUCCCCGGUGAGCGCGGUGUCCAGGGCCCCCCCGGUCCUCAGGGUCCUCGUGGUGCUAACGGUGCUCCCGGAAACGAUGGUGCUAAGGGUGAUGCCGGUGCUCCCGGUGCCCCCGGAAACCAAGGCCCCCCCGGGCUGCAGGGAAUGCCUGGAGAGCGCGGUGCUGCCGGCCUGCCAGGCGCCAAGGGUGACAGAGGUGACCCCGGUCCCAAAGGUGCUGACGGCGCUCCUGGCAAAGAUGGUCUCCGUGGUCUGACCGGCCCCAUCGGCCCCCCCGGCCCUGCUGGUGCUCCUGGUGACAAGGGUGAAGCUGGCCCCCCCGGCCCUGCUGGGCCCACUGGUGCCCGUGGUGCUCCUGGUGACCGUGGCGAGCCCGGCCCCCCCGGUCCUGCUGGAUUUGCUGGCCCUCCUGGUGCCGAUGGCCAGCCUGGUGCUAAAGGUGAAACUGGGGAUGCUGGAGCCAAAGGUGACGCUGGUCCCCCUGGCCCUGCUGGCCCCACUGGUGCUCCCGGCCCUGCCGGUGCUGUUGGUGCUCCCGGUCCCAAAGGCGCUCGCGGAAGCGCUGGACCCCCUGGUGCUACUGGUUUCCCUGGUGCUGCUGGAAGAGUUGGUCCCCCCGGCCCCUCCGGUAACAUCGGCCUUCCCGGUCCCCCCGGCCCCAGCGGUAAGGAAGGUGGCAAAGGACCCCGUGGUGAGACCGGCCCCGCUGGCCGCCCCGGUGAACCUGGCCCUGCUGGCCCCCCCGGACCCCCUGGCGAGAAAGGCUCCCCCGGCGCUGACGGCCCCAUUGGCGCUCCCGGCACCCCCGGACCCCAAGGUAUCGCCGGUCAGCGCGGUGUCGUCGGUCUCCCCGGACAGCGAGGUGAAAGAGGCUUCCCCGGCCUGCCCGGCCCCUCUGGUGAACCCGGCAAGCAGGGUCCCUCAGGUUCCCCUGGUGAACGCGGUCCUCCCGGCCCCAUGGGCCCCCCUGGCCUUGCUGGUCCCCCUGGUGAAGCUGGACGUGAGGGCGCUCCCGGUGCUGAAGGUGCCCCCGGUCGUGACGGUGCUGCUGGUCCCAAGGGUGACCGUGGUGAGACCGGCCCUGCCGGCCCCCCUGGUGCUCCCGGUGCCCCCGGUGCCCCCGGCCCCGUCGGUCCUGCUGGCAAAAAUGGAGAUCGUGGUGAGACCGGCCCCGCUGGUCCCGCCGGCCCCCCUGGUCCCGCUGGUGCUCGUGGUCCUGCUGGUCCCCAAGGUCCUCGUGGUGACAAAGGUGAAACCGGUGAACAGGGUGACAGAGGCAUGAAGGGCCACAGAGGCUUCUCCGGUCUCCAGGGCCCACCUGGUCCUCCUGGCGCUCCUGGUGAACAAGGUCCUUCUGGUGCUUCUGGUCCCGCCGGUCCACGAGGUCCUCCUGGCUCCGCCGGUGCCGCCGGCAAAGACGGUCUCAAUGGGCUGCCCGGCCCCAUCGGCCCCCCCGGCCCCCGCGGUCGCACCGGUGAAGUCGGCCCUGUUGGUCCCCCCGGCCCUCCUGGCCCCCCAGGUCCUCCCGGCCCCCCCAGCGGCGGCUUCGAUUUCAGCUUCCUGCCUCAGCCACCCCAAGAGAAGGCUCACGACGGCGGCCGUUACUACCGAGCUGACGAUGCCAACGUGAUGCGCGACCGCGACCUGGAGGUGGACACCACCCUGAAGAGCCUCAGCCAACAGAUCGAGAACAUCCGCAGCCCCGAAGGCACCCGCAAGAACCCUGCACGCACCUGCCGGGACCUGAAGAUGUGCCACGGCGACUGGAAGAGCGGCGAGUACUGGAUCGACCCCAACCAAGGCUGCAACCUGGAUGCCAUCAAGGUCUACUGCAACAUGGAGACAGGCGAGACGUGCGUCUACCCCACGCAAGCCACCAUUGCCCAGAAGAACUGGUACCUCAGCAAGAACCCCAAGGAGAAGAAGCACGUCUGGUUCGGCGAGACGAUGAGCGACGGCUUCCAGUUUGAGUACGGCGGUGAGGGCUCCAACCCCGCUGACGUUGCCAUCCAACUCACCUUCCUGCGCCUGAUGUCCACCGAGGCCACCCAAAACGUCACCUACCACUGCAAGAACAGCGUCGCCUACAUGGACCAGGACACCGGCAACCUGAAGAAGGCUCUGCUGCUCCAGGGAGCCAACGAGAUCGAGAUCAGGGCCGAAGGAAACAGCCGCUUCACCUAUGGGGUCACCGAGGAUGGCUGCACGGUGAGCGGCUGUGGGGAUGGGGGACACGGGGAUGGGGGACUUGGAGAUGGGGGACAUGGGGAUAUG